AUGAAGCUCAAGGAAUUCGAAAGCAUUCUUCAAGAUUGUGCAGUCUUUGAGAAGCCCAAGAUCCAGUAUGAGCAAUAUCCCACGACAGCCCAUUUAGCUGCACGAAUGAUCUACACGGCCGAUACGGUUUAUGACGAUAUCGAAGACAAGGCAGUGGGUGACUUUGGUAGUGGAUGUGGCAUAUUGAGUAUUGCGUCUUUUAUUCGUGGUGCAGGAUACUGCGUUGGCUUUGACAUUGAUCCCGAUGCUAUACGGAUAGCACGUGAGAAUGCCGAAGCGUUUGAGACCGAGAUUGACUUUGUAUGGACCGAUUUGGGUCAAGAGAAUGCACUCUUCGAUCGAUUCAAGGGACGUUUGGAUACCGUCAUUAUGAACCCGCCAUUUGGUACCAAGAAUAAGGGCAUUGAUAUGGUCUUUUUGAAAAAGGCAGUCGAGAUUGCCAAUAAGGCUGUGUAUUCAUUACAUAAAACCUCCACGCGAGAGCAUAUCAUGAAGAAGGCCAAGGAAUGGGGAGUCCAAUGCGAAGUUGUAGCUGAAAUGAAGUUCGAUGUCCCGAUGAUGUACAAGUUUCAUAAAAAGAAAUCAGUGGAUAUUGAAGUAGACUUUUUAAGAUUCAGUAAAUGA